AUGUUUCACAGACAAAUAAAACGACCCCAAUCAGUAUGUAUAAAUUAAUAUAAUUCAUGAAUUUAGGCAAUCAAAUAUGAACCUUAGGGAUAUAAAUAAAAGUCAUCAAAUGAAUGUUAAAUUUUAAUGCCAAGUGCAAUACAGUAUUUUUCAGAUUUAGAUUCAUUACAUCAUGUUACAAAUAAUUUUCUUAGACCUCAAUCAGCUGUUUCUCUUUAUUAGAAUAAAAAGAUAAGUAGCUCAACAAUGGUUGAUAAUAAAUAAGUUAGUGAUACAAGAUUAACUGAUCCAAGAUAAACACCAAGAUAUAUAAAAAAAGAUAAAGAAGAAUUAUACUAAGAAUUGUUAUAAUUAUAAAAAAAGUAUAAUUAAUGUUAGGAUGAAAAUACUAAAUUAAAAACUUAAAUAUCAUCAUUAGAAAAAUAAGUUGUUCAUUUGACAGAAUUAGUGAGAAAUGUUGAAAUGUUUUGUAAUAAAAAAACAAGUCAUUUAAAUGUAUUUUAGCUUAAAAAAUAAAUAUAAGAUCUCAAAACACUUAUGAAAACAAAAGAUCAAGAAUUGGAAUAAUUAAAAUAAAAUAUUAAGACUACUAAAAUUGAUGAGAUUAGAAUAGAAUUAUAAGAAUCUCAUAUAGAAUGUUUAAGAUUAAGAACUAUGCUUGAUCAAUAAUUAAGAUAAUAAGUCUUAUUUAAUUAUAAUGAUCAUACCUUAAUAGAAGAAAAAUUAUAUAUAUAAAGUUAAAUGAUGAAUUAAUUAAAAACAGAAAAUGAUUAAAUGACAGGACUACUUAAAAUUUAGGAAGAGGAAACAUAUUAUUAUAAAAAUUUAUUAGCUGAAACUUUAAAAACAGUCAGAAGAUAUGAAGAAACCAUAGAAGAUUUACAUAAGAAUUUAAAAGAAAAAAAUUAAUUUAUGGAUAAAUUGGCACAAAAAAUUGAAGCAUUAAAAAACACAAAUAAUGGAUUGGCUGAUAAAGUAGUUAAAGUUGAAGAUUUACAAGAAAUGAUUAGAAUUUUAAAAUCUACUAUAGAAGAUUAAAAUAAAUAAAUUAAAAGUGUUUAAUCUGAUAAUGAAUACUUAAAAGGAAUGGUUCAUGAAUUAAAAAUUAAAAAUAAUGAGAAGUCAGAAAUUUAAGCUAAAGAAAAAAAAGUUUUAUAAGAAUAAAUUGCUAAAAUAUCAAAUUAAUAUGAUUUAUUGGAUGAUAAAUAUAAGAAUUUAUUAUUAAUAUAGGUUUAAGCAAAAAAUAAAGAAACUGCUUAAUCAUCUUUAAUUCAUAAAAAAGAGUAAACUGUAGGUUUAACCCUCAAAAAUAACAAUGAUAGUUUUUAAUAACAAUAAAUUUAUGUACCCAAAAAAUUAAGAGCCAUAAAAAUGAAUGAUGUUUUGCAUAUUGGAGAAGAAUUAAAUUACAGAUUUAGAAUCAAAAAAAUAAUAUUAAUAGAUGUUAUAGAAUAGUUUUUAUUUGAUGAUGAUAAUAAAAAAGAGAAAAAAGUAAGUAUCAAAUAGUUACAAAAGAGAUUUGAAAAGGAACCAUUCAUGUUAUUUGAAUAAGAUAAAGCAUUAAUGUUUGCAAGAUUCUUAAUAGAAGAUAAUUCUUAAGAGUUUGUUGAAUUUAAUAUUGAACUUACAGAAACUUUAGAAAGAGUGAAAAGUAUUUUUACUAAGAUAGUUGGUAAUUAUAGAAUAUUUACUGGAGAAGAAGAAAUGAAACAUAAAGAAGAUAUUACUAAACUUAUUAUUAAAUAUAAAAAUUCUCUAAAAUAACAUUUCGAUUCUCUUUAAAGUAAUAAUGGAGAAUUAACUAAAUAAUAGAUAUUAGAGACUUUUAUUUUUAUGGACAUCGAUAUUAAUAAUUCUUAACUCGAAUACUUUUUCUUAAAGCUUUUUGUUUUUUCAAAUAAAAUUGAUAGAUUUCCAUAUUAAAAGAUUUUUGAGAUAUUUUAAAUAACUUAAACAGUAUCUGGUAUUAUAAAUAGAAUUUAUUUUAGCUCCUCAUUUAUAAAGAAAAGAGACUCAAAGAAAAAAAGUAACGACUGAAUCUAAUAAACAGCCUGUUUAUGUAACAAAAAGUUUAUUCAAACCAGUUGAAGCUACUAAUCUAUAAUAAGUUUGA